AUGUCCUCGCUGCCAACGCCGUUCCUCACACGAAUCGGCCUUGUCGGACACCUUCAGAUUCAAUGCAACGACAACCCGCCGAAGCCAACUUCUCAUUCCACAAACAUCCCUUAUGUCAGCCCUGCUCAAACUCCACGACGACGACCACCAGCAUCGCUGAUGAUCCACUACCUAUACUCCGCUAGCAUCACGACCUCUAGCGAUCCUCCCCGUCGAUGGGACGACAUCCAAAACCCCGCCAUCCACUAUCAUCACAUCAACACUUCCACCUCCAGCGAUGCGGACUCGGUCCAUACCUGUCCUCAUUGCGAUCGCACGUCCGUCUCACACAUGGACCUGAUCGGUCACUUGCGGACCAGUGCCUGAAGCCCCCACAUAAACUCGCGGUAUCCACCUCAGCUGUCCGCACUGCCCCGCACUUUCACUCACCGCACGGGCCUACUAGACCUCAUGCGUAUCCACUACAGCGGAAUCCACCGCAUUAUCGACACAUCUAGUACAUCUUGCACAUCCACCAUGCCUAACCCAGUCAACAACUCAGCGCUCAUUGUGCUCACCACCACCACCACCACCACCACCACCACCACCACCACCACCACCACCACCACCACCACCACCACCACCACCACCACCACCACCACCACCAUCGCCACCGAAACCGCAUUUGACUCUCGCAUCCUUUCCUCCCUUCACUGUCCUCGUAUAUUCACCUCACACUUCGGCCCGGUCGGUCACUUGCGAAUCCAUCGCACAGGGACUGGCAAACCAGUGCCUGGAUUCCCCACAUACACUCGCCGCACCCGCCUUAAUUGCUCUCACUGCCCCAGCACUUUCAGUCACUGCACUGGCCUACGAGGCCACAUAA